AUGAGUGUCUUUUGCUCCCAGCAAGAGAAACUUGCUCUUCUCAACUUCAAACACCAUGUCAAAGACCCUUCUGGAAUGUUGUCAUCAUGGGUUGGCAAUGACUGUUGCUUGUGGGAAGGAAUCCAGUGUGACAAUCUUACUAGAACCGUUGAAAGCCUUCAUCUCAGAGGAGGCUUUUUAGUUGGUAAUGAGGUGAACUCUUCUUUGGCACAACUGAGGAAUUUAAAAUAUUUGGACUUGAGUGGGAAUGAUUUUAGAGGAAGCCGGAUCCCAAAGUUCAUUGGAUCCUUCAAACUGCUGAGCUACCUCAAUCUCUCUCAUUCUGGUUUUCAAGGUAUUAUUCCUUCUCACCUUGGGAAUCUUUCUAAUUUGAAAGUUCUUGAUCUCAGUGUAAAUGAAGAGCUGAUGGCAGAUGACAUGGCAUGGACUCUUGGCCUUUUGUCACUCGAGCAUCUCGUUUUGAGUUUAGUCGAUCUUGGGGGAGCACAAAACUGGGACAUUCUUUACACUAACCCUUUGCUAAAAGAGUUAAACUUGUGGGGAUGUAAACUUUCCAACACUGAUCUUGGACCCUUUCUUAAUUCGACUGGAAUACUUCCUAGCAUCAAAUACUUGGAUCUUGGCUUCAAUUAUUUCAUAGGUCCACUCCCUGGCUUUUUGCAAAAUUUGACAUCCCUAACAUUCCUGGAUCUUUCUCACUUUUAUCCAAGUUUGGCGUGGAACUUUGGAAACUUGCUAAACACAAACCCUUCUUUAUCAGUGCUGUUAUUGUCACAGUGUAGGCUCGAUAAGACGUUUCUUUCUUCACCUCAUCUUAAUUCCAGUACACAUUCUAAUAUCCAACACCUGGAUCUUAGCAUGAAUCGAAUUGACAGCAUAUCUCCGUCUGUUUUAACAAACAUGAGUUCCCUAAGAGUCCUUGACCUUUCGUGGAACAUUAUAUAUUCAUCGGUUCCAAUUAUGCCUAGUCUUCUAGAGCUUGAUCUUUCUGCUAACAGUUUUAAGAAGAUUGAGCAUCUUGGAAUCUGGAGAUGGUGUCACCUGAAACAAUUGAGUGCAUCAUUCAAUCAUUUUGAAAUAGAAAUGAUCGAAUCACUAAUGAACAUAUCAGAAUGUGCCCAAUAUGCUUUGGAGAGGUUGGAUUUACAUGGGAGUUUAAAUGGUACAAUUCCAGAACCACUUGGAAGAUUUGCCAAUUUAAGAGACAUAGAUCUUUCAGUCAGUGAAUUAACAGGUUCAAUCCCUGAAUCUCUUGGAGGAUUAAGAUUUUUAGAAGUGUUAGAUCUAUCUGAUAACCAUUUAACCGGCUCCAUUCCGAUAUUCCUUGGUAAACUUUCCAAACUUGACCUUUCUUUUAACCAAUUGAAUGAUUCGAUUCCAGAAUCCUUUGAAAAAUUAACUGCGUUAACAGAUUUAAAUCUAGAAUCCAAUCAGUUAACAGGCUCCAUUCCAAGAUUCUGUGGGAAACUUGUAAAACUUGCCCUUUCUUUCAAUAAAUUGAAUGGUUCAAUUCCAGAUUCUUUUGGAAAAUUAACAUUUUUAACACAAAUGAAUCUAGCAUUCAAUCAGUUAACGGGCCCCAUUCCUACAUUCCCUGUGAAACUUUCCAAAAUUGACAUUUCUUUUAAUCAAUUGAAUGGUUCGAUUCCAGAGUCACUUGGAAAAUUAAUAGCUUUAACAGAUUUGAAUAUGAAAUUCAAUCGGUUAACAGGUCCCAUCCCAACAUCUAUAGGAAGGCUUCUAUCAUUACAAUUUAUUUCAUUGUCUUCAAAUUUGCUAAAUGGAACCAUUCCAGUUUCUGUUGGACAACUUGCCAAACUCAAUUUUCUAGAUAUCUCCAACAACUGUUUAGAAGGAGUAGUUUUUGAAGCCCAUUUUUCGAAUCUUUCGAUGUUGAAGCACCUGGAUACUUCUUCUAACACUAAGUUGAUAUUCAAUGUUUCACAUGAGUGGAUACCUCCAUUCGGAUUAAUAUAUCUUAAUCUUAGUUCUUGCAAUAUUGCAAAUGGAUUUCCACAGUGGCUUCGAAAUCAAAGGAAUCUCAACUGGUUAGUGCUCUCUAAUGCUACAAUUUCGGGACCUCUACCCACAUGGUUGCGGAGGAUGCCCAUCAUUUCUUUCUUGGAUCUCUCUCACAACAAACUCAACGGACCUUUGACAAACCUUCCUAAUGGGGGAGAUUUUAAUGAGUUAGGGUAUGAUGGACCUUUGAAAGCAUUAUAUAUGGAAUAUAACCUUUUCAACGAGUCAAUUCCAAGGUCAUUGUGCAGAUGGACAUAUUUACAACUUCUUGAUCUUUUAGGGAAUAGAUUAACAGGAAAAAUUCCCAAGUGUCUCGGGAAUCUGAAAAACUUGUAUUUCAUGAGAUUUAGUUCAAAUGAGUUGUCUGGCGUCAUCCCAGGUUCUAUAGCUCUCAUUUCUUCAUCAUUAAUGUGGUUAGGUUUGAACGACAAUAACUUUAUUGGUGAACUUCCUCGAGAAUUGGGGAAAUUACGAGAAUUAAGGGUCUUAGAUUUGGGUGAUAAUAAGCUUUCUGGAUACAUACCUGAAUGUAUUGGAGAACUUAGGUUUUUGAUGGUCCUUAGGCUACACAACAAUAAUUUUACAGGAAGAAUUUCUAGUUCUUUGUGUAGAAAUUCAAAUCUUCAAAUUUUGGACGUUGCACAAAACAACUUAAUGGGAACCAUCCCUCAUUGUUUUAGACAGUUGAAUGCAAUGGUUAGCAGUAUGCAACCACCUGAUAAUGAACUCCGUUAUGAUGAGAAGGUGAUUCAGGUCAUGAAAGGUGUUGACCUUGAAUAUGGAAGGAGUUGGACUAUAGUUUUUAACAUGGACCUCUCAAGCAAUAAACUUGUUGGAGAAAUACCAUUGGAGCUAACUGCACUUUCUAUGUUGAUGGGUCUCAAUUUGUCUAAUAAUCAUCUCAGUGGGCGUAUUCCAGACAGCAUUGGAAACAUGAGGAAAUUAGAAUCCCUCGAUUUCUCAAACAACAAGUUGAUUGGAACGAUCCCUCCAAGCAUGGCAGCUUUGAACUUUUUGAGCCAUUUGAAUUUGUCACACAACAACUUGUCGGGACCAAUUCCAACAGGAAAUCAGUUGCAGACCUUUACGGAUCCAUCAGUAUAUGCUGGGAACAAAGACCUAUGUGGAGCUCCAUUGCCAAACAAUUGCUCUAAUCAUGAAGAUUCGAUGACAACAAUCAAGAAGAUAUAUGAAGAAGGUGAUGAGCGGAUGAAGGUGUGGUUUUAUGCGGACAUAAUGAGUGGUUUUGUGACAGGAUUCUGGGGUAUUAUUGGAGUUUUGUUGUUCAAGAAGCAGUGGAGAAGGAAGCUUUUUAUGUUUGCUGAGGAGACCAUAGAGAAGAUAUAUGUUGCAGUUGUGGUAAGAGUUUCCAAGAUAAAGAGAAGAAGAGAAGCUGCAUAG